AUGAAAAAACUACAAAAAAGUUUAAAUCACAGAACUUCUGAUGAAGAUUAUUUAAAAUUAAUUUUUUUCAUUUUUUUACUUGGCCAUUUUUAUGAUCUAAGUGUAAAUGGAAUAGAAAUAGAAGAAAUGACUGAGGAUGAAUCAUUAUUAAAAAGUAAAAGUGGUGCUCUCCAAUGUAUCUUGGUUAAAGAUAAAAAGAAAAAGAGAAAACUAGACAAUUCAACUGGAAAUUGGAAACAAAAUGGUGAAGAGAAGCCAAUUAGAGAUUCCAUUACUAAAGAUCAAGGUAUUACUCAAAGUAAUAGUCCAUAUGUUAAUUUGUUCCAAGAAAUUACUGAAAAUUUCCAAGUUACUAAAAGAACUUUAACUUAUCAAGAUAAUAGUAAUAAUAAUACUAAUACCGGUAAUAUUUUCAAACUCUGGGAAUUUUCAAUCCAAUUGGCUCCAAAUAUUUUCAAUGCAAAUGAAAUUCUUUUACGUCACUAUUUAAAUGAUGAUCCAACCAUUACAACUUCAAUCAAAUAUGUAAUGCUACCUAUUAGUUCCAUAGUUGCAAUUCCUAAAUUUCCAAAUAGUACUUCCAUCGUUUAUCCACAUCAUAAAUCAAUUAACAUCAAUAGUUCAAAAGUCAUUUUUGAAUUAUUCUUAACUAUGAAUCAAUUAAAUCAAUCUUUUAAACCACGUUUUAUUUCUCAAAAAAUUGAUUUAAUACAAUCACAAAACUCAAAAAAAAAAAAAUUAAAUAACAAUAAUAAUAAUAAUAAUAAUAAUAAUAAUAAUAAUAAUAAUAAUAAUAAUAAUAAUAAUAAUAAUAAUAAUAAUAAUAGUAAUAAUAAUAAUAAUAAAAAUAAUAAUAAUAAUAAUAAAAAUAAUAAUAAUAAUAUUUUAAAUAAUAAUAACAUUUUAAAUAAUAAUAAUAAUAAUAAUAAUAAUAAUAUUUUAAAUAUUAAUAAUAAUAAUAAUAAUAAUAAUAAUAAUAAUAAUAAUAAUAAUAAUAUUGGUGAUAAUUUUAUAAUAGAUUCUAAACUCAAUUAUAAAGAUAAUAAUAAUAAUAUUAAUAAUAAUAAUAUUAAUAAUAAUAAUAAUAGUAAUAGUAAUAAAAAUAAUAAUAAUACUAUUAAUAAUUUUAAUAAUAAUAAUAAUAUUAUUAAUAAUAAUUUUAAUAAUAAUAAUAAUACUAUUAAUAAUUUUAAUAAUAAUAAUACACAACUUGGAGAUCCAGUUAAUAUUGUAUAUUCAUAUAAUCCAUGUUUAUCAAAUGUUACAAGUCCAAUUCAAAAUUAUCAAUGUAGUUCAUUGGCUUCCUCAAUUGAUAGUUCUCCAAAGUUUUUUAGCCUUUUUUCAAUUGAUGUUUUAAAAUCUUACACUGAAAAAAAGAGAUUAAAGUUAAAUUCAUCAUUUGAUGGUACUUUUAAUAUUGGCCAGAGUUCCUCAACUAGUUUAAAUAGUAGUAGAAAUACCUCACCAUUAGUUCCAAUGGAAAUUAUUGAUUGCAAUGAACAAUCAAAACCAAAUAUUAAUUUUUUACUUUGUGAUAAAAAUUAA